CCAUUUGCGGGGCAUAGUUGUGUGUUUUGGCCUAUUUUACGCCGGGUUGUGCUACUUUGUCAUAUUUCAGGUCCUAGGCGUCAAAGGGAAGGCCAAGCACGAGUUUCGGGGCAUUUGGAAGUCGUUUGGUCGAGCUAUGACCAAAACACGGGCAGGCUGCUUGAAGAACACGACCGUGUACACCAAAGGGCCCGCCAGUGUUUUUAUUGCCGAGAGUUGAAUGAAGAAAAUGAGAAAACACGGGCGGGGUCAAUUCAAAACACGGCCGUGUCCUACUUCAAACACGCCCGUGUUUUCCCCCAGACCGUGCCCAUGUAUUUAUGACGUGGCAGAUGGCACGGGCGGGCUGGAGCAGAACACGGCCGUGCCCUCGACCGUGUUCUGGCCAGUGAUGCCCUUUUAGGCAGAUUUUCAGCCAAAAGAGAGGGAAUUCGAGUUUUAGAGAGACAGAGCGAUUCCUAGAGAGAGAAAACGACGAACAAGAGUCUCCAAGUGCCCUAGCUUGAUCUUCAUCACCUUUGGAGCUUGGCUUGAGCUUGGAGAAGUGCCGAUCAACGUCCAGGAGCAGAAAUCCAUCCUUCACAGUAUGAUUUCCUCGUCUGAAUCUGCUUUUGCUUCUUUCUCCAUGGAGUAGUUCUCCCAUUCAUCUGGGUAUGGGGAACCCUAGAUCUGUAU